AUGAACGGGAUGAGGAAACAUGGGAUGAGAAUGAAUGGGAUGAGGCAAAACGGGAUGGGAAAGAAUGGUACGACGCAGAACAAGACGGGAAGAAACAGGAUGAGGCAGAACAGAAAGAAAAUGAAUGGGACGAGGCAAAAUGUGCAGAAAGAGACAUGGCGGAAUGAGACAGAAAGAAACAUGACGGGAAGGAACGUAAAGAAAAUGAAUGGGACGUGGCAAAACGGGAUGGGAAAGAAUGGGAUGAGGCGGAACGACACAUGA